AUGAAAGGCAUAACCUCUGCCAAGGAUAUGAUGGAUAAGCUCAAGGAACUUUUCAGUCAAACUGAUGUGCAUGAGCACCAUGAGCUUGUUGGUCUUAUCCAUAAUACUAAGAUGCAAGAGGGAACUCCAAUCAUCGAUCAUGUCAUGAAGAUGAGAAAUUUGUUCGAGAAACUGGAAAUCCUUGAUACUUCCUUCACUCUUAAGUAUAAAAGAAAUGUGAUCUUCAGCUCUCUCCCCAUAGCAUAUAGCCCUUUUGUCUGCAACUUCAACAUGAAUAGGUUGGAUGCUGAGCCGACUAAGGUGGGUAAUAUGUUACAAGAGGAGGAGAAAGCACUUAAGAAGGAAAAGGGUGAGGUCAAUGCCACAGAAGUCCAAGGUUUUAAUUCCAAGAAUAAAGGGAAGAAGAUCAAAGGCCAACAAGGAUAA